UCCAACAAUUGAGAUGCAAUGCUUGCUUAGUUUCAUUUGGAUAUGAUUCAUAUAUAAAACGAUAGGAUGAAAUUUAAAUUUAAAGCAGGAAUUUCUAUCCUUAACCCAAAUGAAAAGCCGUGUUAGGCGCCUUUUCCUUAGUUAACCUGUUUUUAGUUUCUCUCCCUCUUGGAAAACGCCUCCUUUCUCUUAUUUUCCCUCAACCUUCUCCUUCACCAAAAGCUUUCAACAACAUUUCAUUUCAAUUUCCAUCAUACUCUUUUAUGUUUGGCAACGCAAAAGAGAGAAAGAAGAAAAAGAAGAAGUAGAAGAGAAUACUACUAAAUGGCAUACAAGGUGGAUCAUGAAUACGAUUAUCUUUUCAAGAUUGUGUUGAUUGGGGAUUCAGGUGUUGGUAAAUCCAACAUUCUUUCCAGGUUUACUCGUAAUGACUUUUGCUUGGAUUCUAAGUCCACCAUUGGCGUGGAGUUUGCUACCAGGACUCUUCAGGUAGAAGGGAAGACAGUUAAAGCACAGAUAUGGGACACAGCUGGUCAAGAAAGGUACAGAGCCAUCACCAGUGCAUACUACAGAGGUGCAGUUGGUGCACUCUUGGUUUAUGACAUAACAAAGAGGCAAACAUUUGACAAUCUCCAAAGGUGGCUCCGUGAACUAAGGAACCAUGCAGAUUCCAACAUUGUGAUCAUAAUGGCUGGGAACAAGUCUGAUCUCAACCACCUGAGAGCAGUCCCAACGGAAGAUGGUCAGUUGUUGGCUGAGAAGGAAGCCAUUGCAUUCCUUGAGACUUCAGCAUUGGAAGCCUUGAAUGUGGAGAAAGCAUUUCAGACCAUUCUGCUUGAUGUCUACGAUAUUGUUUGCAAGAAAGCUUUGGCAGCACAGGCAGCAGCUAAAUCAACUGCACUUCAAGGAACUACAAUUAAUGUUGCAAAUCAGUCUGGUGAUAUGAACAACAGACCAUGUUGUUCUAAUUAGCAAGAUCCUGAUCUUGACAACAUUGAGAAAGAAGAGUCCAGAACUCCCAAAAAAGUUUCAUUUUUGGUCAUUUGACAAAGAAGGUACACGACCCUUUUCACCUUCUGUAAAAUACUCUCCCAAGAGGCCAUACUAGCAGGUUAAUAUUUCAUUACAAACAAUCAACAAUGAACAAAAGAACUGAUUAGGUAAAGAAGGUUCUCUCAAAUUUAAGACAGAUCUUAAACUUGAUUCAUUGAAUGGUAGGAAAUGUUAGGAAUUAUGGCAAUUAAGAAUGUACUUAUGUUGCAUUUUGAGAAAAUGUAUACAUGUUGUAGGAAAAUUGACAUGAAUUGCUGAAGUGUAAAAACUGUAAGGAAUCAUAUGAAUGAGUAUAAGUAAUUCCUUGGAAUGGGUACUUGUCCAUUCCUAUAUGUUUAACUUCGAGUGAUGUUGUAGUGUUUCUUAUUCUUAGUAGUCGUGUGUAUACAC